AUGGCACAGGAUCAAGAAGGCAAAACUGUUGUACACAAUCUCAUGAACAAUGAGCCCAACGAGACGACUUUCAAGUGCCUCAAGACUAUUUUCAAUCAGAAACCCGAUUUAGUUCAUAUCCCUGACAAUGUCGGUGACACUCCACUACAUUAUGUGUUGAAAGGAACCCACAAUAAUGUCAAUCACAUCGACCUACUGCUCGAACACGGCGCCGACCCACUCCAACCAGACUCGAAUGGCAAUACAGCUCUCCACUUCUUCGCUCGGAACCCUCUCACCUUCAAGUCACGUAUUGAACAAUUCCAAGGGCUUGGUGUGGACAUCAACGCACGCAACAAAAAGGGCGAUCCCCCGCUCUUCGAAUAUAUUACACACGGCCAGCUGAGUUGGGUGUUGUGUCAGAAUAAAGAGCACGAGAACCUUGACAAUGUUCACCAUUUGCGAUAUUUCAAGGAAGCCGGAGCUGAUUUCUUCGCCCGUAAUCACGCGGGAUCGUCGCUACUUCACGUUUUGGCUGGUCGUAAACUCGGUGGCCGCAUUUUCGGGCAUAAUGAAAAACAAUAUGAAUUGCCGAUUGAGAAUCUUGUCAACUGGUUUAAGUUCCUCGUUGGCAUGAACUUGGAUCCUAUGCUCGAGGAUGCUCGGCAACGUACUUGUUUGGAUGUUGCUGCCGCUUGUGGCAAUGAGCACAUUUUGAAACUGUUUCAGCAGACUCCUGAACAUGAAGCGUUGAACAGGUCUGACUAG